AUGGCAGGUACAGAAUCUGAUGCCCAAUUCCAGUUAACUGGUAUUAAGAAAUAUUUCAACUCUUACACUCUCACAAGUAGAAUGAAUAAUGUACUGGCCACAUAUGGAGGCAUUGCUUUGACAGACUCAUACUUCAAGUUAAGGUCUAAAAAAUAUACUCCAGCUGUGAAAGCAACAUAA